AUGUUUUCUGAACAAAGUUACUCCAGGCUUUUCAGGCCAUGGGAUGUGAGUGAUAGUAAGAAUGAUGGACAGAUAAACUGUGAUAUUAGUACCCCUACAGAAAUAAAGGCGAAGAAAAGGGUCAUAGAUGAGACUAAAAGAGAAAACCGUCUGCGGAAAAUUCGCGGGACUUUUAAGAAGUCAGAUACGGGUCACCAAGACGCUACUGUUUCUACGACCACGCGUGAUGGUGAUGACGAUGUUAAACCUGCUACUGAACUGAAUUCACCCGUUGAAAAGCUGACUCUAUGCUGUGACAGGCUUUUACAAGAACCUGAAAAGAAGGAAAACGUUGAAAAGCCGACGGAGGUAGAAUUAAAACCUCGGUCUUACCCGCCACUGCCUCAGAUGCCUGCAUACAACCCUGCUUAUAUGUCAGACUACUUACCGACGGCCGACAUAGCACACGCACUGGGCGUUCCACCAACAGACCCUUUACUCCUCGAAUCCCUCGCCCAAGGGUACGCAAUGGAGCUCGAAUACGCAAGAAUCCUUCACCAAGAAAACGAAGCGAAAAUAAACGCGAAGAAACAAAGACCGAAAAAGUACAAAUGCCCUCACUGUCAGGUCGGGUUUUCCAACAACGGGCAACUGAAAGGUCACAUUAGAAUUCACACUGGUGAGAGACCUUAUAAAUGUGACGAGAAGAAUUGUGGCAAGACUUUUACGAGGAAUGAGGAGUUGACCAGACAUAAGAGGAUUCAUUCGGGAGUUCGUCCGUUUCCUUGCUCUACUUGUGGGAAGAAGUUUGGCAGACGCGAUCAUUUGAAGAAACAUACGCGAACGCAUUUUGUUCAGGCGGAUCGAAUGAUGCCAGUUUUCGUCCCGUUGUCUGCAGUACCUCAUAUGGCCGGCUUUCCGUAUUUAUAUGGUUACUGA